AUGCCCGGGCUUGCGCCAAGGAGUGCCGCCACUUCCAAGAAGGAUUGUAAGAAAGCGGCUUCCAGAAGUCAGACGAAGGAAGGCGGCGGGGAAAGCGCAAGAGAUGCCACCCAGAGUGCUGGUUGCGAUGCCGGUGUCUCUUCUGAGGCGGGGAACAGCGUGAAUAUGUUCGUCAAAGACAUCUUCGAGCGCAUCGCGGGCGAGGCGUCGCGCCUGGCGCGCUACAGCAAGCGAUCGACCAUCACGUCCCGUGAGAUCCACACGGCCAUGCGCCUGCUGCUGCCUUGUGAGCUGGCCAAGCACGCAGGGCCCGAGGACACCAAGGCCGCCUCCAAGUACGCCAGCGCCAAGCGAGCUUGA